UCUCUUCUUCUUUUUAAUCAUUUUUCUUGCGGAGGGGUUCCUUGAGUGACCUCUCUAAUCGAAACACCCAUGAAUGGUUCUUGACUCUCUGGCGCUGAUCUUCCUCAAUGUUUUGGCUGCAACAAGUAAUAUAAUAAAAUGAAAACAAAAAAGGAACUUAGAGUUCCCCCUCCAGAUCACUCUCGUGCGGUUUUUUCAUACUGAAGUCUUCUCUCGCUCUCUCUCUCUCUCUCUCUCUCUCAAUUUCCGCACUCUUCUUCGCCUGACACAGCGUAUCACCCAGCUGAUUCUGCGUGUGUGUGAAAGAACAAAAUAAUAUAAAGAAAAGAAAGACCAAAAUGCAAAAAUACACACACAGAAAAGAUAAAGAGAGGAGAGAGACAGAGAGGGGGGGCAGCCUAGCCAAGUUUUAUUGAUGGCGAAAGAUGGUGACUGAAAAGUAGUGUUUGAUGAACCCAACAAAGUAGAGAAAAGUGAAAAAAGGAAAAAAAAAAAAAAAAAGACAGCGAAAGAUAAUAUAACAGAACAUAUUUUGCUUUGUGCUACUACAAUUUUGUGCAGGCAAAAGAUGGUGACUCAAAAGAGAGAGUGAUAUAGCAUAUAACUUAGUUUUCUUUGAUUAGUUUAGCCAUGGCUAUCAAGCUUCUUCUUCUUCUUUUUAUCUUCUUUUUUUCUUUAGUUAGACUCGGUCUGUCUUACGAACCUCGCAACAAUGAAGUGGAGGCUUUGAUAAGUAUAAGAGAAGCACUGGAUGAUCCACAUGGUGUGUUAAACAACUGGGAUGAGGACUCUGUAGACCCCUGCAGUUGGGCUAUGAUCACUUGCUCAUCUGACAAUCUAGUUAUUGGCCUUGGUGCUCCAAGCCAAUCUCUCUCGGGAACUCUGUCUGGGACUAUAGGAAAUCUCACUAAUCUUCGCCAAGUGUUGUUGCAGAAUAAUAACCUCUCAGGGGAAAUCCCGCCAGAGCUUGGUACACUCCCUAAACUUCAGACCUUGGAUCUCUCUAACAACUGCUUCUCUGGUUUGAUACCAGAUCCUCUUGAUCAAUUAAGUAGUCUGCAAUACCUGAGGCUGAACAACAACAGCUUGUCUGGGCCUUUUCCUGUGUCUUUAGCUAAAAUCCCUCAGCUCGCUUUCUUAGACUUGUCUUAUAACAAUCUAAGUGGACCAGUGCCUAAGUUCCCUACAAGAACAUUUAAUGUUGUGGGCAAUCCACUGAUUUGUGGAAGUGCUACUACUGAAGGUUGCUUUGGAUUUGCCAAUGUUGGUCCCCUUUCUUUUUCUUUCAAUUCACCUCCUGGCAAGCACAAGUCAAAGAAAUUAGCCACUGCUCUUGGGGUUAGUUUUAGCUUUGUCUCUCUCUUGCUCUUGGCACUUGUACUCCUUUGGGUCAGAAAGAAGCAGAGAAGCCAAACAAUACUUAACAUUAGUGACCAACAAGAUGAAGGACUACUCAGCCUCGGUAAUCUCAGGAACUUCACCUUCAGACAGCUCCAACUUGCCACGGAUAACUUCAGCUCAAAGAACAUACUUGGCGCUGGAGGCUUUGGCAAUGUGUACAGGGGAAAGCUAGGAGAUGGGACUAUGGUGGCAGUGAAGCGGCUAAAGGAUGUGACUGGAAAUUCUGGGGAAUCACAGUUUAGGACAGAACUGGAAAUGAUCAGUCUUGCAGUUCACCGAAACUUGCUCAAGUUGAUCGGAUAUUGUGCCACUCCUAAUGAGAGGCUUUUAGUCUAUCCUUACAUGUCUAAUGGUAGUGUGGCCUCCAGGCUUAGAGCAGAUAUCUUGAUCACAACAGGAAAACCUGCACUAGAUUGGAACACAAGGAAGAGGAUAGCAAUUGGAGCUGCCAGGGGUCUUCUAUAUCUACAUGAACAAUGUGAUCCUAAAAUAAUUCAUAGAGAUGUGAAGGCUGCUAAUGUGCUUCUUGAUGAAUUCUGUGAGGCUGUAGUUGGUGAUUUUGGCCUUGCAAAGCUCCUUGACCAUGCUGAUUCCCAUGUCACCACUGCUGUCCGUGGCACAGUUGGGCACAUUGCACCAGAGUACCUCUCCACUGGCCAAUCUUCUGAGAAAACUGAUGUUUUUGGAUUUGGCAUUCUCUUGAUAGAGCUCAUAACUGGAAUGAGAGCACUUGAGUUUGGAAAAACAUUUAGUCAAAAAGGAGCAAUGCUUGAGUGGGUGAAGAAGGUACAACAAGAAAAGAAAGUGGAAGAGUUGGUGGACAGAGAGUUGGACAGGAACUAUGACGAAAUCGAGGUUGGAGAGAUGCUGCAAGUGGCUCUUUUGUGCACUCAAUACCUCCCAGCCCACCGUCCCAAAAUGUCUGAAGUCGUCCGAAUGCUUGAAGGCGAUGGCCUUGCUGAGAAAUGGGCUGCAUCACAUAAUCAUAACAAUCCCACCAUGAACCUCUCUCCUGCAAACAACCCUAGUAAAAGCACAAUCCGUCCUACUGCAUCAAAGCAUGAUGAAAAUGGUCAUGAUCGUUCAAGCAACUUGUUUGGCAUGGGGAUGGAUGAAGAUGAUGAUGAACAUUCUUUGGAUUCCUAUGCCAUGGAACUCUCUGGCCCAAGAUAACAAAAAAAAAAUUAAAAAUAAAAAAGAUAUGUAGAUGAUUUUUUUUUUCUCCUUUGGUUAAUUCUUUCGUCAAAUAUAGCUAUUGUAAGUUUCUGCCUUUAUCAUGAAAAUUGUAACAUUAGUAACUGAAAU